CCUUCCAAACAGCAAGUAAAGCUCCAGCGAGGAACCAAAACCCCUGACGUACGUCCUGUUGAGGUUGAAGUUGAUGCUCAUGAAGACAUCUUAGCCACCCUCGAGGUACGCAAUGUAAGGAAACAGAGCAAUGAUAUUAUCUGGGUUGAUUUGGAUGUUGAUGGUAAACCACUUAAGAUGGAACUGGACACAUGUAUGGCUGUGUCGAUCAUCUUGUUUGAUCUCUACCAGCAGAAAUUUAACAGGCUUAUCCUGCACAAUACUGGACCGUCCUUGAAAACCUGCAGCAGAGAAAAUAUUAUGCCAGUGGGAGUGCUCAAUGUGCCUGUGCCUGUGCCUGUGCCUUUGCCUGUGCCUGUGCCUGUGCCUGUCCAAAACCCAAAGAGAGUUGCUGGACCUGUAUGUUGUCAAGAAUAAUGGCCCUGCUCUCUUGGGAAGAGAUUGGCUCUAUCAAGUUGCUACAGGCUUCACUAGCUACUUCAAAUACUAA